AUGUCUGAUCAAGACAUUGAUCCAAAUCAAUACAUUGAACUUCGAAGUAUCUAUGCAUACUACAUCGAUUCAUAUAUUGCAUUAUAUCAGCUGAAAACGGAAAAAGAAGAAGAAUUAAACAAGAUUUACGAAAUGAUCAAAACAGAAUUGAUUGGCUCAAAGGGAUAUUCUCCGAAAAAUAUAAUGGAAGAUAUUUUAAACAUCAUUCCAUAUAAUAAUCGCUAUACAAGGUCAUAUUUAUAUCUUGCUAAACUCAUAUCUAAUGAUUAUCAUGUCAACGAGGUCAACAAAGUUGAACCUAUUUCAAACUUCCUGUUUUAUAAAGGAUAUGGAAUUAAAUUAGACAAAUUUGCUGAUUUCGAAAAAAUUAAAACUAAAAAUCUCGCAAUUCAGACAAAUAAUACAAUUUACAGAGCAAUUAUGUAUAAUGACUUAGAAAGAUUCAUCAUUUUCGUCGAAAGAGAAGAAUUUGAUAAUAAUCAAAAGCUGAUAAGCAAUUUAUAUCCUUUUUCUUUCGAAGGAUAUUCAUUACUUGAAUUAUGUUGCUACCAUGGAGCAGUUGAUUGUUUCAAAUUCUUAAGAACGAAAUUCAGCUCAAAAAUAACUAAAAAAUGUUUAGAAUUUUCAUUUUUAGGAGGGAAUGCAGAGAUCAUGAGUGAAUGUUUGAAACAUCAAAAACCAAAUGAAAAAUGCAUAGAAUAUGCAAUUAUCUCACACAACAUUGAUUUUGUUACUUUCUUGAUGAAUGAAUUUAAUAUUAAGAUCAAUUUAGAAUAUUGUGCAAAAUAUAAUAAUCUUGAAUCAUUUUUAGUUUAUUUCGAUCAAACUAAUAAUAUUAACAAAUGCUUUCUUUAUUCAUCACUAUUUGCUAUUCCAUCUCUUUGCGAAUAUUUCCUUUCUCAUGGUGCAAAUAUCAAAGAACAAAAUGGAAUAGGAAAAACUGCUCUUCAUUACGCAGUACAAAACAAUAAUAAAGAAAUUGCCAAACUUCUUAUUUCACAUAGUGCAAAUAUCAAUGAAACAGAUUUGGAAGGGAAAAAUUCUCUUCAUAAUGCAGUAGAAAAUAAUUGUAAAGAAAUAGCCAGACUUCUUCUUUCGCAUGGUGCAAAUAUCAAUGAAACAGAUAAUGAUGGAUACGCUGCUCUUCAUUAUGCAGUAGAACAGGAUAGUAAGGAAUUUGCGUAUCUUCUUCUUUCAUAUGGUGCAAAUGUCAAUGAAAAAGAUAAAUAUGGGGAAAUUGCUCUUCAUUAUGCAGUGGAUAAAAAUAAUAAAGAAAUGGCGAAACUUCUUAUUUCAUAUGGUGCAAAUGUAGAUGAAAAAGACCAAGAUGGAAAAACCUCUCUUCAUCAUGCAGCAGAAAAUAAUAGUAAAGAAAUGGCCGAACUUCUUAUUUCAUAUGGUGCAAAUGUCAAUGAAAAAGAUAAAUAUGGGAAAAUUGCUCUUUAUUAUGCGGCAGAUAAAAAUAAUAAAGAAAUAGCCGAACUUCUUAUUUCAUAUGGUGCAAAUGUAGAUGAAAAAGAUGAAUAUGGAAAAACCGCUCUUCAUUUUGCCGCAGAAAAUAAUUGUAAAGAAAUAAUCGAAUUUCUUAUUUCACUUGGUGCAAAUAUCAAUAAAAAAGAUAAAUAUGAGAAAACUGCUCUUCAUUACUCAGCAUGUAAAAAUAGUAAGGAAAUAACCGAACUUCUUAUUUCACAUGGUGCAAAUAUCAAUGAAAAAGAUAAAUAUGGAAAGACUGCUCUUCAUUAUGCAGCACUCAAUAAGAGUAAAGAAACCACCGAAUUUCUUAUUUCACAUGGUGUAAAUAUCAAUGAAAAAGAUGAAGAUAGAAAAAAUUCUCUUCAUUAUGCAGCAGUAAAUAAUUGUAAAGAAAUAAUCGAAUUUCUUAUUUCACAUGAUGCAAAUAUCAAUGAAAAAGAUAAUGAUGGAAAAAAAUUCUCUUCAUUAUGCAGCAGAAAAUAA